CAAGACCAUUCCGACCACGUCAUGUGUGGCUACUUUAUGCUCUGGAAUUGACUCCCUGACGACUGCAAGAUGCCUCUUGUCAACGACAAAAUGAAUGCUAAGCAAUACAUUCAAAACCGCGAAUCCGUCUCACACCAAGGCCGCCCGGAAAAGCGGUCACUGACACCGCAGCCAAAUUCCGGCCGUGAAAGGUCGCAGCAGCGACAAGACGAAGCCCGCCGCAGAGUCCAGCAAGGCAGCCACGGCAAGGAGAAUAGCGAGGCCAUCAGUCGACGGGACGCUGCGAAGUUGAAGUUGGACGUUCCGAACACGCUGACGAUCUCGAGUUCAAAGCAUGCUCAGCCGGCUGGACACGGUGCCGCCCCAGAGCCAGCAGUGGCUCAGCCCAACAUAUUUGCCCGUCCUGCACCGAGUAUCGAACGCCAUCACAAUGCGUUUGACGAUACCCAAAGCAUCCAUUUUGACGAUUCGAUGAGCGUGGCCGACGAGAAGACUGGACGCACGAAACCUUCCUUCAGCUUCAAUCACGGAGGGAGCAUGCCUCCUCUCUGGAACAACGACCUUCCUGUCCAUCCUCCCGCUCAUCAUCUCGAAGGUUCAAAACUACUCUUUGGGGAACGUGAAAGGAUUCCAGGACUCCCUGCGGAUUGGCAAGCUCAGUCGGACGCUGAAAGACUUAGGCGUGGCUUUGACGCAGUGCACGGUGCACGGUUCAGUCACAACAUUGACCACGCGAAGUAUGGGAAAGUCGACCACGAGGAAGGUUCCGAUCAGGACGGCGACAUCGACGAAGGAACGUCCAUUGUGGAGAACACACCUUCACGCACUCGAAUGGGUCCGGUGGCAAAGACCACCUCCAAGCCUGGUAAAGAGAAAGCGAAAAGGAGCCACAGGCCCGAAGAGCUGGGUAGUCGUCCUUCGCCAAACCACAGAAAGUCUCUCAGCGACGUGGCGCCCGCUGUCGUGGUUGAGCCUUCAAGCCGACAACAGAUCAACCGCUUCAAUGUUUACAAGUCGCUCGAGACAGACCCUGAGACAACGCUGCCUGACAGUCUUCGUCAGACUAUCCAAAUCCCCCAGCCACAUGCAUCGCUUGUGCACCCACCAGCCUUCUCUUCCAAGAUGUCCUCGCUUCACGAGUCGUCCUCCGAUGAAGAGCAACCUCUCGCCGCAACCACCUCUGAAUCUCCGCGGCUGGGCUCGAAACGUCACCGCUCAGAAUUAGACCUGGAUUUUGAACUCGAAGUCCUCAAGGGCAAGACCAUGGCGGACCUCGACGCCAUCCCGUUCACAGUCGACCCUCGAUGGUCGGCGCCCGACCCCGCCGUCGACGCCAACGGCACCCCGAUGACCCUGCCGGCCAAACUCACGAACCUAACAAAAAUGCGCCCGGAAGACCAACGCAACCUGUUCAAAUCCCUCACCGACGCCGAGCGCGAGCAGACGGCCGAAUGGUUCGUGGAAAAAUUCAAGGCGGACAUGCACAGGCUGAUGGCCGUGCGCUUGGAGAGGAGGAAAAUCGCGCUGAGGUUCGAGUUGGAGGUGAAGAAGAGGGAGAGGCAGGUCGAGGUGAAACGGGGGGAUGUGGACGAGGAGUUGGCCGGGCUCAAAAAGGGCGGCGGGGAAUUGAUCAGAGGCAAGUCGCCCGCAAAGUGAAGUCUCGUGUCUUGUCUUUUUUUUGGUUUUUGUGUUUGUUAUUCUUCCGGAGAGAAAAGGGACAAAAGUUGUACAACAAAAGAAGGCAUGGACGAGCCAAGGGGCAAUGUAUACAUUAAUCUGGACCUUGGUCGGGCGAGUGAUGAAGCAAAACAGGCUCCGGAAUCUACCCACGAAGUUAUGACGGAAACAGGAAUGAAAAGGAACAACCGAUGGAGUGUCUGCGCUCUCCCUCAUGCACGACUCGAUGAUUUCACGACAUAGGACGUACGUAUGGACAUACAGGACAUGUUCACGAACCCACCUAACUACUUAUCUACCUAACUACCCAUCCACCCACCUACCGACCCACCAAAGUGGCCGGCUGCAUUUACCUCUCAAGAGGACCACAAGCGAAGGAAGAGGAGGGGAACAAGAAGAAAGUAAUUACCCAGAUCAAACGGGGAGAUUGAGUGUCGAGAGUUUGGCUCUAAAGACAACACAAACAAGAGCGCGG